GUUGUGGCCCCUCUGCUGUUCAACAGUAAGAACCACACUGAGUGGCCCCAGGUGGUGUCUCAGGACGUCAGGCGCCACGUCCACUCCCUCAGGACUCAUGCGCUGGUGGUGUCAGGCCAAGUCCACGGCAGGACGCUGCUGCCUCUGCCUGCAGGCUGCCAGAACGUGGAGCAAGCUGACCUUGAGACGGACAAACGGGGCGAGAUGGUGAAUAAUACCAUCAUCCACUCCCUGGAGUCAGCAGUGAUUGAGUGGAGCCAUCAGAUCCACGCGGUCCUGAAGAAAGACUCCUCUGACGCCCUGCUGGAGGGCCAAACGCCCACACCUCACUCAGAGCUGCUCUUCUGGAGGGACAGAUAUGCAGACCUGGAGUGCAUCCACUCCCAGUUAAAUUCCUCCAAGGUGAAUAAGAUGGCGCUGCUGUUGGAGGCUGUGGAGAGCAGCUAUGCUCCUGCUUUCACCAGCCUGCAGCAGGGGGUCCUGACAGCUUUGGAGGAGGCAGAGGACGUGCACUUCUACCUGAGGCCCCUGCAGCCACUCAUCGAGGACAUGGAGAGUGCUGAGUUUCCUGAUGUGAGGGGUCAGAUUGGUCCUUUGAUGCACACUGUAUGCCUGGUGUGGGCCAACUCCAGAUACUACAACACUCCCCCACGCCUCAUCGUUCUGCUGCAGGAGACCUCCAACCUCCUGAUUCAGCAGGCCAGUCUUUUCCCUUGUGUCUUUAGUG